AUGCACGCACGCAAGAAGCUUCUGGGUGAAUACAGUCUUGGAAAAACAAUUGGGCAGGGUGCCUUUUCCAAGGUUAAGAUAGCCAUCCACAGAGAAACGGGAGAAAAGGUGGCAAUAAAGGUGAUUGAUAAGAAGCUCAUGGAGCAAAAGGCACAAAAAAGUAAAGCAAUUCAUUUGGAGCGAGAGCUGCAGCUAAUGAUGAGGUUAGACCAUCCUAAUAUCGUCAAGAUUUAUCAAGUUCUUGAAACUGACGAUGAGUGUUUUGUGGUUAUGGAAUAUGCCAAGGGUGGAGAACUAAUGGACUAUAUCGCAGCAAGAGGUUACUUGACAGAAAAAGAAGCUCGAAAGUUUUUCAGGCAAAUCGUGUCGGCCUUGGAUCACUGCCAUUUGGCAAGUGUCGUUCACCGUGACCUCAAGCUCGAAAAUCUAUUGAUAAGCCAAGAAAGGAACGUUUUAAUUUCAGAUUUUGGCCUUGGAAGAACAUUUAAUCCAGAUGUUCAAGAGUACAUGAAGACAUUUUGUGGUACUCCAAAUUAUGCCGCUGCCGAACUGGUCUCUGGUAUACCAUAUGUUGGUGUCAAGGCCGACAUUUGGGCAAUGGGUGUGGUUUUAUAUAUUAUGAUGACUGGCAGGGCUCCAUUUCAAGGUGAAACCAUAUCGCUGCUCUACCGGCAUAUCAAGGCGGUAGAAUAUCAUAUACCAAAUUAUUUUUCACCGAGUUUGUGCGAUUUAUUAAGCAAGAUUCUUGUUCGGGACCCAGUAGCAAGAAUCGACAUGGAAGGUAUAAGAUCGCAUCCGUGGAUCAAUGCUGAAUUUACUGAA